AUGGCAACUCCAAAAGUUUGGUUCAUCACUGGCACCUCGAGCGGCUUCGGCAAAGAGUUUGCACGGCAAGCUCUUGAUCGAGGUGACAAGGUCAUCGCCACUGCUCGCACCAUUUCCAGACUCCAAGACCUCAAACAAGCGGGUGCGGACAUUUUGACACUCGAUGUCACCACCUCUCCAGAUGAUAUCAAGAAGGUGGCUGAGGAGGCGUUCAACCUGUAUGGACGCAUCGACUAUCUCAUCAACAAUGCCGGCUAUGCACUUAUUGGAGGCAUAGAAGAGACAACACAUGAGGACGCACAGGUCCAAUUCGCGACCAAUGUUUUUGGUCUUCUAAACGUCACAAGAGCGUUUCUGCCCUAUUUCCGCGCUCAGAGAUCGGGUGUGAUUGCCAAUCUCUCCAGCAUUGGCGGAUGGAAUGGCUCCCCGGGCGUCGGGUUAUACUGUGCCUCGAAAUGGGCAGUCAGCGGUAUCUCGGAAACGCUCAGCAACGAACUGGCCGAAUUUAACAUCAAGGUCUGCUGCGUCGAGCCGGGUUACUUCCGGUCCAGCUUUUUGAACCCUGGAAAUAAGAUCUCUAGGGACACUAGCAAUGUCAUUGAGGACUAUGAAGGCACCGCUGUCAGGAGGGGAGAGGAACUCCUGGUCAAUGCAGACAACAAGCAGAAGGGAGAUCCCAAGAAAGGCGUCAAGGUCAUGAUCGAUGUGCUCACUGGCGCCACUGGAAAAGAGGUCCCGAUGAGACUGGCCCUAGGGAGUGAUGCCUACGUCGUGAUCAGGGGCAAGUGUGAAGCAACGAUCAAGCUGCUUGAUGACUGGAAGGAUAUCACUACACCCACCGAUGUCGACGAGUAG